AUGGCUGAAAGGAAAUUGAAUAUUAAUGCCCCUCUCAUGUCUGUGAGACGUGCUUCUGCCACAUCACCGUCCUUGACCGAAGCAAGGAAGAAGAUUUUAGAGAAACGCAACAGUCUUCCAUACCACAAAUCAGACAGUACCUUGGAUCAGGUAACAAAACCAGUUGCAGUUCCUUUCAAUUGGGAGCACAUCCCUGGAAGACGCAAGGGCAAUGGUGAAUCUGAGCCUCAUCCUCCCAAGGCCACUUCAAUCACUCCAAGCCCAAGGCUUCCUCCAGGAAAUUCAACCAAUGCUACCAAACAGCCAUUGGAAAAGGAAAAUAGAGCUGUAAAUAAAUUCAAGUCCUCAAAUAAAUCCAAGUCUUUCAACGUCAGUGUGGCUAAAGUAGACGCCGAGAAAGAGAGAAAAGCAGAGAAGACAGAGAAAAUUGUUGAGAGCAGAAGGUCCAAUGUGAAGUAUGAUGAUGAUGAUGAUAAUGACGCUUUUUCUGAUGCCCUUGAAACACUGUCACACACUGAAUCAUUCUCCAUGAACUGUAGUGUGAGUGGUGUAAGCGGGUUAGAGAACAUGGGCGCAAACAAGUCUGGAACCUUUUCCACAGAUCAACAAACUAGAGACUUCAUGAUGAGCCGAUUCUUGCCUGCAGCAAAGGCCAUGACUCUACAGCCUCCUCAAUAUUCUGCAAAAAAGCAAUCUGUACUACUAGAACAACAACCUAGAGAUGUUAGCAAAUUGGUUCGCGAGGAAAAGAAGCCAUUGCCUAAUAAGCAUAACACUGCUAUUAUACCAUACACUGGCCAAGUUCAAGAGGAAAAAAGUGAUGAUGAAGGUGAUGGUAACGAAUAUGACAACUCUUCUAAUAUCGCAGCUAAAGGCUGCGGGUUGUUACCUCAAUUACACAUUAGGAAUUCAUUGUGCUUAUUGAAUCCUGUGGCUGCGAUGAAAAUGAAGAAUCAGGUUCCCUUGCCUUCAGCCAGUGAAGUUGUGAAACCUAGCAAAACUUCUCAUAUUAGAUCUUUUAGCCCAGUUCCAGCUGUAAAGAAGGCCUGGGAUGCAAUUCACAAGAACAAAUCAAGCUCUAGGGCAGCAUCACCUGACAAACAGGAGGGUAAAAAGAAAUUGACUAGUGAAUCAAACAGAUUUACCUACUCUGGUGAGUUGCUUCCAGGUAGACUCUCUCCCUUCCGUCGUUCAAGAGCUGCUGCUACUGGUAUAUCUCCCUCUCGAAGACCUCACUCUCCCUUUCGUGGCGCCAAGUUGCUUGGUGAUUCUAAAGAGGCUGAACAUAAUAAGUUUGGCAAGGUGAAAUUCCACAGCGGUGUGCUUGGAAAUGUUCAAGAUGUGCUAUCCCAAGGACAUCAAAGAACUUCAUAUUCAGGCAGUCUCACAAUUGAAAAGACAUUGUACAUAGAUACAGUCAGCACAGCGAAAUUACCAUCAUCAAAUGUAAGCUCUUUGGAUAACAAACGGAGGGUAGAUACGAUGGUCGCAGACUUAGAGAGUAGAAGGGAGAAAGAAAGUAAUUCCUCCAUAGUAUCUUCUCAAGAUAUCAAACCAGUACAUGCUGUGGAAGAAAAGGUCACAUUUGAUACUGAAGUGUUAAAUUCUUUGGAUUCCAUUCCACCAAGUUUGUAUAGAAUUUUGAAUCUCACAGCCAAAGAAGGCAAAACUGAAGGAUUGACAACUGAUCAAAAUAUUACCCAAGAACCAGUAACCUUGCCUCUUGUGCAAGGGACAUUUGUUGAAGAUUCAAAGAUCAAUACCCAGCAAAUUGUUUUAGCUAAUGAUUCAAGAAAAUAUAGUGCCGAAUCUGUCGUGACUCCUCUUCCCCCACCAUUACCAAAAUCACCGUCCGAGUCCUGGCUUUGGCGUGCCCUGCCUUUAGUUUCUGUGAAGAAUUCUUUCCUUCCGUCAAGUCAAGGUAGUCAAUCUCAAGCUAAAAGGCAUGAUUCAAAUACAACAUCUGGUAUUCUCAAGUGGGAAACAAUAGUGAAAACUUCAAAUUUGCAUCAUGAUCAUGUACGCUAUUCUCAGGAAAUUCCAACGCAUAAAUCUCACCAUAAAUCUUAG